CUCAUGGCUGUACUCCUCGCCUCCUGUGCCGUCCUUCGCGAGAUCAGAAAUCCUUCCCUCUAUCCCUCUCCAAAGCAUCGUUUCCUACCUAGAGGAUACCCCCCACCCGCCUACUAAUUCUGUGCUUCCAUAAAAACACGCUCGCACACACUGCCCCUUUGCAUGCCUUCCCGCCGGUUCGCCUAUGCCUUCUGUCGGUCUGGGAGCUCCCCUGACUGGCUAAGGGAAGCCCACUGCUUUGAUUCCGUCUCCGCCCCCUCUCCCCUCCCCUCCCUAGCCGCGACAUUCCCAGUGUUCAGGAAUGUGGCGAGCUGGCUUCUGGCCGGAGAAGGAAAGAAAGGAGAGAGGGAAGCCCGAAAGUAGGUCUUCGUUGCCGCGGUUUUCCUUCUCCCGAUGGCUGUGCUCGGCUGUCUGGUCGUCUUCCCCACUGGGAUUAGCCUUGCUCUUUAAAUGCACAGCACAAACCUGGGAGAGCUGGUUGCCAACAACAACCCCAAAAUGUCCGAAGUCCCCGGAGCGGGCGAACAGACCACGCAGGGCAAAGUCUUCUCCGGUCUGUUGGAUUUACAGGUGCUGUAGGGUGUCGGGGAGCUCUCCAGGGUGCUGAAAACUCGGCAGCCUCUCCAAUAGCUCUCACACUGAACUCUCAGUUCCUCAGCUCGCGCUGCGCUCUGGAUUCCCUCAUGACUCGAACACGUUCGCUUCGGGGGAGGUUGUGAAGACCUCGCAAUAACAUGGCCCGGAGUAGACACCUGCGGGCAGCUGUCUCGGGAUUCUAUCUGUGGGAAGCUGCGGUGCUGCUCAGUUUGGUGGCCACGAAGGAAACAGACAGUGCAAGAUCUCGUAGCAUGCCGAUGUCUCCGUCGGAUUUUCUGGAUAAAUUAAUGGGUAGAAUGUCUGGCUAUGAUGCAAGAAUCAGACCAAACUUCAAAGGGCCCCCAGUUAAUGUCACAUGCAACAUCUUUAUAAAUAGUUUUGGAUCUAUUGCAGAAACGACCAUGGAUUAUAGAGUGAACAUCUUUCUCCGUCAGAGCUGGAAUGAUCCACGUCUUGCUUAUAGUGAAUAUCCAGAUGACUCUUUAGAUCUAGAUCCAUCCAUGUUGGAUUCUAUAUGGAAACCUGACUUGUUCUUUGCCAAUGAAAAGGGUGCCAACUUUCACGAAGUAACAACUGACAACAAAUUGCUACGAAUUUUUAAAAAUGGAAAUGUUCUUUAUUCCAUCAGAUUGACUUUAAUACUCUCCUGUCCAAUGGAUCUCAAAAAUUUUCCAAUGGAUGUUCAAACUUGUAUAAUGCAGCUGGAAAGCUUUGGAUACACGAUGAAUGAUCUAAUCUUUGAAUGGCAAGAAAAUGCUGCUGUACAGGUAGCUGAUGGGCUCACUUUGCCACAAUUUCUGUUGAAAGAAGAUAAAGAUUUAUGUUACUGCACCAAACAUUACAACACAGGCAAGUUUACAUGCAUUGAAGUACGAUUCCACCUCGAAAGGCAGAUGGGCUAUUAUCUCAUUCAAAUGUACAUACCCAGCCUCUUGAUAGUCAUACUUUCGUGGGUGUCAUUUUGGAUCAAUAUGGAUGCAGCUCCAGCCAGAGUGGCUUUAGGUAUAACAACUGUACUUACUAUGACAACACAGAGUUCAGGAUCACGGGCUUCACUCCCAAAGGUAUCAUACGUCAAGGCCAUUGACAUCUGGAUGGCUGUAUGCCUUCUUUUUGUAUUCUCGGCACUUCUGGAAUAUGCAGCUGUAAACUUUGUGUCAAGACAGCAUAAAGAGCUGUUGAGAUUUCACCGAAAGAGGAAGAAGAACAAGGAUGAUGACAUAAGAGAGAACCGCUUCAGCUUCACAGGCUAUGGAAUGGGGCCACCAUGUAUACAAGCCAAGGAUGGAGUGGCUCCAAAAGGGCCAAACAAUCCAGUUCAAGUGGCACCAAAAAGCCACGAAGAAAUGAGGAAGGUAUUCAUUGACCGAGCCAAGAAAAUUGACACUAUCUCCCGAGCCUGCUUUCCAUUAGCCUUUCUGAUAUUCAACAUUUUUUACUGGGUCAUCUACAAAAUUGUUAGGCAUGAGGAUAUACAUCAAAAACAAGAUUAAAGUUCCCAGUACUUAAACAGUUCUGGUUUUCUAUUACCAUGGUACUAAUCAGUGCACAAAUACUGACUGGCUCGUAAAGGGCAUGGAGGAAAAAAAUCAUAUUUGACUUGCUAUGCAAAGUCGCAAUGGGAUAAGAAAGUCAUCCGAUGAUGAAGAUAUACUAUCUCCUACAAGAGAGUAUCUAUGACAUACAAACUAAAAUUAGCGAACUUUUUCCAAGUAAAAAUCACAAUGUUCUAGACAAACUAUACUGCCAACAUAUUUAUAUAUGCUGUUACUUAACGGUAUAGUAUCCUUUGAAACUCCUUACUACAGUUUUUAAUUCAAUUGUAUUUUUUUAAAUCUAUCAAAUGGGAGGAAUUCCAAUGUCAUUAGAUAAAUGCUGUGCUAACAAAGAUGCUAUUCAAAUUUUAAAUUGCCUUUAAACUUUGAAAGCAAAUACUUACCUUGGGCCUUGGUUCUGGAAAGUUUAACCAUUAGUUGAAGUGAUUCCCCUUUUAAGUGAUGAAGCAUGUUUUUAGAUUUAAGGGCACUGCCAAUAACUUUUAUAGGAACACAGGGCACAGUUUAGGUUAUAAUACUUCAAGAUAUUAUAAUACUUCAUGAAAAUCCUUCAUAAAGACACAAUCACUGUAAUCCACAAACCACUGAGUCAGUUCCCACUGAUCUUUAUAGAAAUUCUUCAGUAUUUCUCUAGUCUAAGAAGAUUUUCUUUAAAAAAAAAAAAUUGGUGACCAUGCCUGAGAUGCUACACAUAAGCAACUAUACCUUGGACAAAUGAUAGGAUUUCUAUGUUCAGCACAGAAGCCUCUCGUAUCACAUCAGAUAUCAUUCAAAAAAGUACAAAUCAGAGUAGGGCUGGACCUAUCAACUGCACAGGUCACUUGUGCCUGGCAUUCAGACUGCAUGAUGGAGGGGAAGCCAGAUACUCCCAGUCACUUGGAUAUGUAUGGUCACCAUUAAGGCUCCAGAGCAGGAUAAAAUGUCUGAUACAAUCUAGAGAGAGUUAAAUAUGUUUAAAAGCUAUUGAAGUUAUGGAGUGUUAAUGCACAACUAAUUGCCCAGUACACAUCCUUAGGAGUAGGUUGCCUUUUGAAAUCACUUCCAAAUGAACAAGACCAUUCUGUAAAUUCCAUUCAUUUUAACAGGUUUUAUGUAUGUCUAAUUGGACUGUGAUCAGUGACAUCAAAAGUUGGCUAUUAGUUAAGAACUAGAAUGUAAUAUCAUUCCUCUGAAAGCAAAUACCAUAGCUGACAUCUGAGUAGAGGCACAGCUAUAAUUGAACAAGAGCAGGACAGAUGUCCCUGGGAUCCUGCGGGAACUCCCCCCAGUUCUUCAACAAAGAUAUGGGGAGAGAGGAAAAGUGGCGGGCGGGGGCAGGAGAGGCUGAGGCCCAUCUUUGCUUUAUCUUCCAAGGCCCAUGCCUACUUUGCCAUGUUUCUGAUUCUAAGCAAUGUUAGAAAUACAUAACAGGAACUGUCAGUGAAAGAUUCUGCAACUGAGGCCAGGCCAGCAUGUUGCCAAGCAGGCAAGCAUGUAUGUAUAUAGGGGGAAGGAUUAGCAAUUUUCACUGCUCUCUCCUCCUCCAAACUACUUUUUGACUUCAGAAAUAUGUCCCUGAGGACUCUGCAGCCCUCAGGGACAUAUUUCUGAAGUAAAAAAGAACUUUUGGAGGGAGGAGACAGCAGCUAACGUAGCUACCCCAUCCCCCUCCAUGCACAUUUUUCUGCUUAGCAACAUGCUCGGCUGAGCUCUGUUGCAGAGUCUUCUGUGGCCGUGGAUCCUGUUACAUCUUUCUAACACUGCUCGGAAUCUCAGCCCAUAUUCUUUACUUAACCACUCAUGGUAUCAAUAGACUAGAUAUUUAAAUUAUGGAAAACACUUGUUUUGGGAAUUGCACAAUCUUUUUGAUUUCUUCUUUGAAGAAAUUAUAGAUCAAGUUAUAGGGUAGUUGAAAAACAAAAACAUAGCACAUAGAAAUAGUUGUCUUACAACUUUGACAACUGACAGAUACAAAGAGAUUUUAUGAGUUUUCAGUUGAAUAAUCUUUCUUUUCCUCCCCAAAAAGAUGUGAGCAUGAUCCAGCCAAAGUUAAGCUUUUUAUGUUCCACUGACUUAAAUGAGACAAAGUCAAAUGGCUGGACUGUACUCUACAUUUUCAAAUGUUAGGCUAUAAUUCAUGGACAGCUUCUCCACAAGUACCACUAGAAUAAACAGGGCUUUUAAAAAAUGCAUUUAUUUUAUGAAUCUACUAGCCGACCCCGCACAGAGCGCUUUGGGGCCGGCUGUUUCCCCCUCUCUCUUCCUCCUGCCCCGGUCUCUCCCCCUUCCCUCUGGCCCUGCGCUCUCCAGCCCUCCUCCCCUCCUGUUCCUCCCCACACACAGAGCCAUGGCAGGCAGCCAAGAAAGGCCCAGCUGCCGCCUUUUUUUCUCCCUCCCAUCUGCCUGCCGCCACAGCAGAUUUUCUCUCCCCCUCCACCCUCCCGCUGCCGCAUUUCUCUCCCCGCCCACUGCCCACCGCCGCCUUUCUCUCCCCCCACCCGCUGCCGCCUUUCUCUCUCUCGCCCACUGCCCACCACCGCUUUUCUCUCCCCCCUCCUCUGCCAGCCGGCCGGCUGGCCACUUUUCUUCUCCCUCUCCUCCUCAGUCCUCACUUCGGAACUCUCACAGCAUGUCCCAAGAUUUCCGCCACCAAAUCCUGGGCACGCAUGUGCCAAGAGAAUUAAAUAUAUAGAUAUACCACCUCAACUUCCAUCUCUCGGAAGUUUACAUUCUAAAAAUUUCAAUAGGGGUACAUAAACAAUUUUCAGUGGAUUGGGUCUAAAAGAUGCUGCUGUUAGAAAACAUAAUUCCAACAAAGCAAAUACAGCUAGGGAUUUGCCUUUGUUAUGAGGGGGUUUUCAGCCAAUGACAUUAACUUAUUUACUGAUGGAACACUAGUACAGGCUUUGUUUUUCCUCUGAAGAUGAGCUGGGAAAUGCUGAAAAGAAUAACUUCCUUUGUUUAGAAAGGUGAAUUUAAAAUGCAUUUAAACUCCUUACUUCUGAAUACAUAUUGGGAGUGUGGAGAGCUUCUGUUCCAAACUUGUUUAUUCACUGUAAACAUUUUGUUUUGAACACAUCGGCCAUAAUGCAGGGUUUGUAUUAUUGACAUUCACUCAUAAAUUCAGGUACAUACUUGUUCAUUAGAUCAUGGUCAUGAUGUCUAGUUACAUAUUUACAGGAUAUAAACACAUAAAUGUAAUCAAAAUGUAUGCAACUAUGCUAGGCCACAUAACGUCAAUGAAACCACAACCCAACUGUCAAUUCUGGCUGGGGUCAAUAAAAGGGGCGGGGGAACAUGUAUGAUGCCUACCUGGGACUGCAGAAAAUUAGUGUUGUCAUCAAUACUAUGUGUUUAAAAAAAACAUAGCUGGUAGAAUGCGUUCACCUUGUAAGUCAUAAAUUGUGCAGGUCUCCCCAGUCAACAGCAAAUGUUUCACCAGUAGAAAAAUUAUACCACUCUUCAAGAGCAGUGCAUAAUGUAAACAUACAGGCAAAGGAACAGGCCCAGUCCUGUGAAGUGAAAAGCUUUUCUACUGGGCUUUGGUGGUAUAACUCUUUGUAUUCUAACUCAAACUCCUUUUAAAUCUGCUACUUUCUAAUGUUACUCAUUGAAAACACAUGUGAACUCUUGUCUAUAAGAUAUACAUGUCCUGAGAAAUGUAGUACAUGCAUCUUUCUCUGAGAGAAGAUACAUGUAUUUAAAAAAUAAGACAGGCAGAAAAUGAACAGUCUGAAUUAUUUAUCCUAUAAAAUUGUAGCAGGUUAUAUCCCGAGUUUAUUCAGACUGACUUGCUCUGUUGCAGCUAUUAUGAUGUACUCCAGUGAAGCAAUUGGUACAGAAAGCCUCUUUGCCAGAAGAUGCUUCUGCCUUCCAGCAUGAAGCAUGUGAUAAGGCUCACAUGAAGCAUGCAAUAAGGUUCACAUGUGAUAAGGCUUUAUGUUUUAAAUGUGCUUACACAGAAUAAUAAAAGGAAGUUGAGAGGAGAAGGAUGCAAAAGUCACAUGUGACCUUCGAUAGUCUAAGGCAGGGGUUGCCAACCUGUGGUAAUAAAUUGUGGCUGGGGAUGAUGGGUGUUGUAGUUCAGCAACAUCUGGAAUACCACAGGUUGGGAACCCCUGGUCUAAGGGGCAUUGGCUACGGGCCCAUAUAGGAGCCCUCAUGCAACUCCCCAGUGAUCUUACAGAGCCCUUCUGGAGCACACAGAGUGAACUGAAGACUGCUCUUCACAACUGCCCACCUGCACAGUGGGCAGAGAGAGUUUCAGGAUUCCCAUAGCAUCCCCACAGCCCCUAGAAGUGUGAGCAUUUGUUAACAUGCCGGCCAUUGUGCACUGUUGUGGAAUAUGGAGUGGUUGUGUGAUGCUCCAGAAAGGAAGCAAGGGGGGAAAAUCCAUGCAAUCCUUGAUUAUAGAAUAUAGAAAAUUCUGAAGAAGUGAGUACAAACACUUCAGUCUGUUGUCUCCCAUCAGUUAUCCCAGUGAAGAUAGAGGUUGAGUCAGGAAUUAGGAAGGAAGGAAUGCCCCAGACUGACUAAGUCUUUGAAAAAAUUAGCUUUUCUCCUCCUCUCCGCACCCAUGAGAGCAGAAAGCUGCUAGAAAGCUCCAUCCUUCCAGGCCCCCAGGCAGAACUGGAGUGUAGCCCCUUCUUCUAGGGCAAGCUAGGAAAACCAGGUUCAUAUUUGCAUUUGUGCAAUCAGGCUCUCAUUUGCCACUCCAAAUUUCAUUCAAUAUGACUUGGGUUUGGAAUGCAUGAACAACAUCCAGAAAAGUUUAAGGGGGAACCAAUAUGCGCUUAUUUACAUGUUGCUUGUUUAUUCCUUGUACCUUGUCUAGUCCUUGUACCUUGUUCAUGAAUUCCUGUGGUACUUCAACUUAAACUAGGAAAGCUGAUUUUUCUGUAAAGCUGAAUUUCAAUGACCUUUUCCUGCCCUGGAAGCCCUCUUUGCUACCCAAAAAUAUGUCCCUGAGGACUGCAUGAUCCUCAGGGAUAUAUUUAUAGGUGUUACAGAACAUUUCUGGGAAGGAAGGUCAUUGUAAUUUGCCCCCACUGCUGAGCCAACAAUGCAACUGGAUAAGCCGAACCCAUUGCACCAGUGUUUUGUUAGACGGGAUGUCAGACAAUCUCUUCCAACACUAUAGUUCUAAAACUUGGGCAAAGUUUGUAAGUUUUAAACAGUAGAGGCAAACAGCCAUUCAGGAGGAUCAAAUAUUUCCCAGCCUAUGAACUGUGAAUGCUGCUGAAAACAAUAUGUCAUUUAAACCUGGCCUAGGCGAUAGCUAGGGGAUGUUUAACCAAUAUAUUAUAGAUUAUAAGCAGACUGACAUUUUAAACUUCACCCACAAUAUUCUUUUUACAUUGAAUGUAAAGUGUAUGUAAAGGGAAAGGUUUAAGAUUUUCAAAAGCAACUACAGGGGCACAACAAUAUCACCUAAUCCAUCUUGCUCAUUUACUUUAGGGUACAGAAUGGUAAAGAAAGAUAUUGUGUUGUCUCAUGCCACAAAACAAAUACCAGCAACCCACUAGUGCCUAUUGUAAAAGUCCAAAAUACCAGCAGGCAUAUGACAACCUAUAUCAUAAAUAAACCCAUGAAUUGUGUUAACAACCUCUCUUGGAUAAACUAACACUUUGUAGGGAUUUAACUUUGUAAGAAUGACAGACUUAGAAAAUAUACUUUCCCUGUAUUCAGGUUACUAGAAGUUCCUUGUUGAAUGGAUCUAUUUGACACAAUCCAUUGAACAGUGGUACUGUAUAAUCCCCACUCAUUUCAGUGGGACUUGUUUGAGACCCUUCUAUGAACCCUACUGACAUGAAUAAGGGCAAGUGGUUGGCUAUCAGAAUGCUGGCCUAGAUUGAUCUUGGGUUCUUAUGUGUUGUAUAGGGGGAUAUGGAAAGCUCCAAACAAACUUGUGACUUGUGUGGGGAGAUUCUUGAAUCAAUUUUUCAGAAUCCACUUCCUAUACACAACGUCCACUCCCUAUGUAUACUGCAGAGUCCAUUAACACAAUAACUCUUGACAUGACCUUUGGAUGGAAGGGAGUGUAAAGUCCAAGGGAAAGAGUUGUAGUAUGCAAUGACAAGAAAGUGGAGCUGAAUCAGGAAUAUUAACAGUUUAAUGAAAAAAGUUUCAUUUUUCAAAGAAUAUUAACAGUUUAAUGAAAAUUGAGGCGGGUCUCACGAUAACAGAGACCCGCCUCCAUAGGGUUUGCGGGGAAAGCGGGCUAAGUCUGCUCUCCCCGCAGAUGGGCAGGGCAGCUCUAGGACAGAGCCGGUGGGGGCUGGGAGUAUCGGGGGCCAUGCAGCCUCCGGAAGCUCCAGUAUGCCCUGCGCGAGUGCCCAGAGCAUACUGGAGAGACCCCCAAGAUGGGAGGCUGCUUUUAAGCACACCGCGGCUACUCACAAUCCCCAAAACCCAGUUUAAGGGGCGGGUUCCUUUAGUGGGUUACCCGCUCAGGAACCACCAGGCUCGCAGCCGAGCCUGGUGGUUCACACGGACUGCAAAAAUCGGGCUAGGCUCCCUUAGCACGAUUUUUGCAGUCCAUGUGACUAGGACGGUUCUUAUGUACUAUUCUUAUGUAGUACAUAAGACGGUUCUUAUGUACUGAUUCUCAGUUCUUAUGUACUGAGAAACAAGUGUAGUCUGCCUUCAGUGCUCUUGCUGCUGGCUGUUUGUUAGCUCCGCCUCUACUCCAGAACUGGAAUACAAGUAAAUAAAGCCCCAUUCAAAAGCUGGCCUGGAUCAAGGACUGGAUUAAUCAAAAGCAACACAGAGAGAAGGAGACUUUUUGAGUUCUGAACAACAAUUGAUGGGGUCAUACUUACUUAAGCUAGUUGCUUUAUUAUUAAAUGCCUAUGAUCUGUAUGCAAAUGCUUUGCAAUCCAGCAUCUAUAUCCUCGAUCUCCCUGCUUUGGUUGUUUGGGUUUUGUUUUGUUUUUUAAGAAAUAUAAUGUAUUUUUGGCACAACCUUACUUCUUACUGCCUCAGCAAACAAAUGCUUAAAAUGGGAGAUCUAGAGUUCAGCACCUGCUUCUGUUGCAAAAGAUAUACUGUAUAUUAAUGCAAACGUAUAGCACAAGAGGGUUAGAUUUAUGUCAGACGCCAAAAUGGGACCCACCUCACCCAGGAUAUCAAACCAAUUCUAAUAGAAAUGACAGAAUCAGGGAAAGAAGAAUGCUCUGAGAGUGAUUUCUUUAGGCACAAUUGUGCAAUGCUGUAUAAUGGAAAGUGCAUUGCUGAGUUUAUAUUGCUAAACACUCAUGAAGAGAACAGACUGGUGACUCUUGCUCAAAACUUGCUUCUUUAACAAUUAUAUGGCCAGGAGACAAUCAGCAGAUCUGUUCCUUCCAUCCUAGUUUGGAAGCAAUGAAAAGAGUAGCACCUUCUGAAGUUCGUCCCACAGGGGCAGUUAUUACAGAGGCACUCCUUUUGGAGCAAGAAUAGCAACUCUAGCUCUGGAGUGUCACUAUCAGCAUUAGCUGCUCUGACUACUUUCUCAGUGGCCAAAGUGCUAGAGAAUGAAACUACAGAUUGAUGAUUUAGGAACCGCUCUGCAUAGAAAAGUGAGACAGAAGGGAGAAAGAACUGUAUCCAGGGCACUGAUCCCUGAUCUGACAUUCACAAAAAAGGGUACCAUUUCUUUCAUGGAUCUUUAAAUACUAUACCACUUUGGACCACACUCAUAGAGAACUUGAGGGGUGAGGAAUAAUUUCAUAGGAACAUAGGAAGCUGCCAUAUACUGAGUCAGACCGUUGGUCUAUCUAGCUCAGUAUUAUCUUCACAGACUGGCAGCGGCUUCUCCAAGGCUGCAGGCAGGAAUCUCUCUCAGCCCUAUCUUGGAGAAGCCAGGGAGGGAACUUGGAACCUUCUGCUCUUCCCAGAGCAGUUCCAUCCCCUGAGAGGAAUAUCUUAUGAUCAAUCUUAGAUUGCAGUUGUAUUCCACAAUUACAGCUCUCUGUCCUGAACUUAAAGCAGCUCACUGCUUAUCAUUUCAAUGCAAGACCAGGGGCGUAACAAGGCUGGAGUGGGCCCAGAGACAAAAUUUUUAAAUGGGCCCCUCGCUGAUACACACACACACACACACACACACACACACACACACACACACACACACACACACACUGUACAAUAUAUAGCCAUGUGACUUGCCUCUGGGGGGCCCCUCAAGGCGUGGGGCCCCCAGGCAGCCGCCUCCCCUUGCCUAAUAGUAGUUACACCCCUGUGCAAGACAUAGCAGGAUUGUAUGGUGGUACUUUCAAUUCUAACAGUUAACUUCUCGUUGCUUCUCAUUCACUGUGAAACUUCCAUGACUGGAAGAAAAGAGAUGAUGUUGAAGAUGGAAAGACUAAGCAAUUGAUUUAAGCAAUGCAUUUAAUAUGACUUAAAGAGUUUUGACUGCAGGUACCCUGUUUAAAUGGAGACAUCAUAAGUGACGCUUUUUAUUCAGUUCUUGUUUAAAUACAUAUUAUUUUGCUUUCUCUUCAAUAUGCAGAUAAUAUAAACUUGUAAUAUAUUUGAAAGUACUGGUUGCAAAUCUUUAUUUAAAAGCACAUAUUUUAUCUAUAUAAUACCAGGUAGACAUCUAUAAAAACCAAUAUAAAUAAGCACUUUAUUGGGGAGAAAAUUACUUCCAUGGUGUAUCACUGCCUGGUACAUAAUUGAUAGUUGAUCAUGUAAAUUAGCAUUCUUUUGGGUUUCACUGCAUUUAAAAAAAAGUAAAAUCUUCCUUACCUUAAAAAAAAAAUCUUUAGAAAUAUAAACUGUAUUUGUACUUCAUAGUAUUUUUUUACUAGUUGAAAAAAUGGUGAAUAUGAUAAUGAAAUGCAACUUAAAUUUUGGAUAUAGGAACAUGACAUAUGCAAUAAGAGCAUAAAAUAACCCUCUAGAUGCAAUUCUGGCCUCAAUAUGACUGAGUAGGAAUUAUUUGGAUGUAUUUAUAGCUCUUUGAGGUUAAUUUCAAAUUAAUUCUUAUAAUACUCCUGUAACUCAGCGAAGAAUUUUAAACUGCAUUAUACUACAAAUAUGGCCAUGGUUAAUUAGAUAAGAUAACAUAUUAAACAAGCAUAAUGUAUUUUUUGUGUUUCUUUUCAAAACAGCUUUGAGAUCUAUUUUUCACAUUAACCCUCUUGGAAAUAAAAAAUAUACAUGCACGUUUGGAAGGUAUGUCUAUAAGUGUUGUGUGGAAAAAAAAUUCUUUACAGAAAUGGUGCCUCUAGGCAAAAUAUACAUUGUACAGUGGUUCCUAAACCAUUAUCAGUGUUAAAGGUAUGUGAAAGCAGAUGAGAUUGAUUGAUUUGAGGUAAAGUUCAUGAAAUGCUGGCUCAUUCUGUACUCUUGAUAUGCUUUGAUAUUGUUGCACUUAAUUUCCAUCUCCGAGAAACAUGCAAGGGACAUCAUUCUUGAGUUCGUAAUGUCAACAUAUGAUAGAAGGAUUUCAUGAAUGAAAUGGACUAAAGUACAUUUCAACGUUCUAUGGAUAUUUAAUUGUGAGCUGCAUAAAGAUAAAUUGUGCCAUAAGCUUUUAACAUGAACUUUAAACAUUAUAUACAGUAGCUUGUGUGAUAGUGAGCCAAGCUUCCUUAAAAGGCUACAGCAAAAAAAAAAAAAUGGAUAUAAUAGUGUGUUAAUUACUUGUCUGUGGUUUUUAAACAUAUCAUCCUGUGAGUUCUGUCUAGACAACAGCAAACGCCAAGCUGUGUCUAGAAGUAUUUAUUUUCAGUAAAAAUACAAUGAAAAGUAUCAUGCAUGAGUUUAACUCCUUUUCUUUCUUGUGUUACUCCUAUAUUCAGCACUAAAGCCAACAUGCUCUGCUGACAGAGGUGUUAAAAAGUGUGCAGUCUAUGGUAUUCAUGUAACUGUAGAUAUUUUGUUUCAAAACAAGAAUAAAGGCUACCAUUUUUCAAGA